CGUGGUAAAGGGAGAGAGUGUGUGUUUGUUGUGCUAUAUACACACACAGGUACUUGUCGACUUACGACCGCGAUUGGUUCCGACUGACUGGUUUUAAGUUGAUCUGGACGUAAGUCGGCCUAUGUUAAUUUAAGCUUGUAUCUGCCAAGGUUAAAACUACAAAGUGGAAAAAUAGUCUAACACAGGAGAAGAAGAUCAACUCAGGCAUGCAAAGAUCGAUAUUUAAAAUCAAAAAAGAAUUGGCUGAAAUGAAAAAAAUAUAUAAAAGAAAGCUUGUAUCUGCCAAGGUUAAAACUACAAAGUGGAAAAAUAGUCUAACACAGGAGAAGAAGAUCAACUCAGGCAGGCGAAGAUUGAUAUUUAAAAUCAAAAAAGAAAUGGCUGAAAUGAAAAAAAGACAUCAAGAUAAGGACCAAGAGAUUGAGAAAAUGAAGAUAUUAAGUGAACAAAAUCAGAAGUUGAUAGAAGAGAACGAUGUCUACAAGCAGGAGAUAGAUGGUGUAAAAGCAAAGUUAUCUGAAGUUUCAGAAAAACUGUACAAAGGUGAAAUGGACCGAAGGAAGCUACACAAUCAGAUACUGGAGCUGAAGGGGAACAUAAGAGUAUUUUGCAGAGUGCGUCCUCUUCUGCCCAGUGACCACGCUGAGAACCUAGAACAUGUUCAGUUCCCAAAUGAUGAGAAGUCAAUCUUGCUUGCAAGGACUGAAGAGUCUCACAGUGGCAGAGAGAGCAAAGACCAGCGAAAAUACAAGUUUAACUUUGACCGAGUUUUUCCACCCCGCUCGUCGCAACAAGAAGUCUUUCAAGAGAUUUCUCUUCUUGUACAGUCGGCACUUGAUGGAUACAAUGUUUGUAUCUUCACCUAUGGCCAGACUGGAAGUGGAAAGACUUACACCAUGGAAGGUCCAGAUCCACUUGAUGACACCAUGGGGAUAAUACCCCGUGCAGUACAUCAGGUCUUUAAUUCAGCUGUGGAGCUUAAAGACCAAGGAUGGAAGUACACCUUUACUGCAAGCUUCCUCGAAAUUUAUAACGAGACAAUCCGGGACCUGCUUGUUGACAAAACGAUUAAAAAAGAACAUAAAAUCAAGAGACCUACUUCUAACGCUGUACAUGUUACUAACCGUAAAUAUGUAAAUGUGGAGACCGUAGAAGAGGUGUUGUCUCUAAUCAAAAUUGCAAAGCAGAAUCGUGCUACAGCCUGUACCAGGAUGAAUGAGUCGUCUUCACGCAGCCAUAGUGUGUUCCAGCUGAAGAUUGAAGGGCUCAGUAAGAAGGGAAACAUCACCUCUACGUUGAGCUUAAUUGACCUUGCCGGCAGUGAGAGGAUUAAUAAAUCGGAGUCACGAGACCGGUUAAAAGAAAAACACGCCAUUAACUCCAGUCUUUCCAACCUGGGGUGUGUCUUCAUUGCUUUGGCAAACAAGGAUACUUUUGUGCCUUACAGGAACUCUAAACUAACUUACUUACUGCAGAACUGCUUAGGGGGAAACAGUAAAACGCUGAUGAUUGUGAACAUUUCACCAAAGAGUGACAGCUUUGGUGAAUCUCUCAACUCGCUGAGAUUUGCUAGCAAGGUGAAUGAAUGUGUGAUUGGGACAGCAGUUGCCAACAGAACAUGACUCCUCAAUACUUUUUGUAAAUACUAAAAUGUCUAAAUAAAAU